AAAACAGUUCCGGGUGUGUUUGACUCUUUGCUGCUUUAAGCCUCACAACUUUUUAUUCCCCAGUUUGUUAAUAUUUAAAAAUGAGGUGUUAGCGCAGGAGCGAGAGGGAAACCUGACAGUCAGCAGAGGAGGAAGAGAAAAAGGUUUUGUUUUUAAAGCUGUGAAGAAGAAGAAGAAGAUGAUGGAGGAGGUGGAGCAGAGAGGAGACGUCAACGUGGCGUCCAUCGUCACAGAAGAAGAAACCACUCCCAGGGAAGAAAACAGUAACUGCAACCACGCCGACAACAGUGUCGCCUCCUGUCCAGCUGAGGCCACGCCCGAGAUCACCAUGGAAACGGGGCAGAGCACAGAUCUGCCAGUGACACCGCAAAAACCGAGAAGCGGACCUAUGGUUGUCAAAAGCAACAGCAAGAACCCGGCCAGCGAGAAGCUGCAGAAAGUCUGCAAGUGGAGCAUCAGCACGUAUAAAUGUACCAGACAGGCGCUGUCAGAGAGGCUCGGCCGUGGAUCUCGUACGGUGGAUCUGGACCUGGAGCCUCGCCUCGAGCUGCUCAGAGACGACCGGCAACGCUACGAUCACAUGACCAAGCUGGCUCAGACACUGGCCAAUCAGCUCGCUCAGUUCACAGUGACACAGAAGACCCUGGGGGACGCCUUCACCGAGCUCAGCGUCAAAACGCCGAUGCUGCACGUGGAGUUUGGUGUGAAUGCAGAGGCUCAGAAGUUUCUGUCUAAGAGUGGCGAGACUCUGACGGCGGCCAUUAACUCCUUCACAUCCGACAUGAACACACUGGUCAACAAAACCAUCGAGGACACCAUGAUCAGCGCCAAGCAGUACGAGGCAGCCAGAGUUGAGUAUGAUGCGUACAGAGUGGACCUAGAGGAGCUAAACCUGGGGCCCCGGGACACCUGCACCCUGCCCAAACUGGAGCAGGCCCAGAAAGACUUCCAGAGCCAGAGGGAGAGGUACCAGAAGAUCAGAGACGACCUGUCUGUCAAGGUCAAGCUGCUGGAGGACAACAAGGUCAAAGUUCUCCAUAGCCAGUUAUGGCUGCUCCACAACGCUGUAGCAGCUCACAGUUUAUCAUGUCACAGUUUCCUCGAGAACAACAUCCAGCAGGCCGGCGAACGCCUCAGCGACCCCAGCAUGGACGCCCCCUCCUGGCUGGAGGAAAGUUGACACAACAACACAACAACAAAAAUUCACCAUAUGGCAGGUGGACAGGCGUGAGUUUGGAGGAUGUUUCGGGAUUCAUGGACGCUAUUGUGGGAGCUAGUUAGGUCUGUAGGUAGUUUAUUUAUACCGGAUGGGAAUUUGAUUCUGUGGGUUUGGGAUGGAUUUCAAGUAUCUGGAAACCUCUGGACAACUUGCGUGUUUACCACAGAGAUGAGUAGUUAGUUGAGUCAGUUUCCUGGGUUCUGGGGUGUUCAUGCAUGUCUGGAAAGUCUUAGACAAGGUGGAAUUUCAUCACUUUCCAGGUCUCAAAAUGUUGUAGACCUGCAUAAAAGUCUCGUAAAGUUUUGAAAAUGGUCCUGAGCAUUCUGAAAUUAUAUUUAGGACAAACGGUUCUCAAGAAUUCUCUCUUUCUAUAUCAUACAUACAAUACAGGGCUUGUGGCUUCUGACCUGUUUAACAAGCACACAAAUAUACAUACGUAUCCCUCCUGGUUUUCUUGCCUCUCUCUCACUGUGUUGGGGAGUAAAUCCCUCUAAUCCCCUGUGAGGUACUAAGCCUUUCUUUGAACUUUAGAAAUCCUCCACUACAGUCAGAAACUCACAGCAACUGAGAGUGCCUCAGCACUUCACUGCCGGAAAACGGCUUCACCGUCCGUAAGGACUGGUAUGUUCCUCAAUUCUGCGUCAGCUGCGGUUUGGGUUCCUGUAGCCAGUUCUGUUUUGGACCUGGUUCAAGGUUGAUAGAAUACCAGGAUUCACUAAGCUCCAAGCAUGUCGGAUCUCUUAUUGAAUCUUUCUCCUUCCUUGUUCCUUUUUUAUUCGCAAAGAAAACAUUCAGGCAGCAGCUGCUUAUUUUUAGCCAGCACCGACGGUCACAUUUGCCAGUUUAAAUGCCGAACAUCACCAAAAGCCGAUUAUUUCAGCUGUAGCUAAUUAAUGUUAAUGUCAGAAGUUAUUUGCUAAAAGGCUAAAAUCAAACUUGGCUAUUCUCUGGUCAAUUUGUUUAUUUUUGGCCAAGGAUUAUUUGUGAGGUAAAAGAGGCAUGUCUCAGUAUCACCACUCUACCAUUGCAAUUGUUUUCAAUGAACAGCUGAUUCACAUCAUGUUGAUUUAAGUUGUUACAAUCUCCAGGUUAUACUUUACUCCAUAUCAGUCAUUUAAGCUGAUUAAUUUAAUCAGGACCUCCAGUAUUUGGAUCACGUAACUUUUGAAAAACAGGGCGUAACAUUAAAUAGACCGUACAUUAUUCUAAUAUGUCAGAUACAUUCAAUCAACAUGCCUUAUCCUCUGUUGCUCUUCUCAUUGGCAGGUAGCUACAGGCUGUGAAACAAAAUUAGGCUGCCUCUCAAAAUCUCAGUUGAAACUUUUGACUUUUAGUUUUGUUGAAAGCUGAACCCAAACGGAUUCAGUAAGGGACUCGUAAGGAUUCAGAUUUGGUGAUCGGAUUUGAAACUGGAUUCUUAUAUGAUCGAAUGCUACCAAACCCCAACCAUAGCAACAGUUGGCUACAUGUUGUGGAAAGAUACAGAUGGUUGAUUGUUAGCCAACCGUAAUCUUAAUUUUGCCAGCCACAGAUUUAGUUCCAGAACAAUUUGUCUGGUUGAUCGCUGGUCAUUUCCGUCCCUGGUUUUUCUGGCAAGAAGUUCAGCAACCUGUGUAAACCAAUAACCUGCAACAAGCAAAAAAAAUGUUGCCAUACGUCAACAAUGCUGUGUCGUUCAUUGGUAAACAAAGGUUGGUUGGCAGCAUUUCAUCAGUGGUAAAAGUUUUAGUCUUUAUGUAGUGUUUCUCUCAUGAUUGGUCAUCACGCUGCUUGGAAACAGCUUCUCUGUCCACAACACUACACCACCGAGCGACACAUAUAGAAAAGAUUCAGACCUUUGAUGAGUGACCUCCCGUAAACUUAAUUUAUAGCCUCAGAUUUAGUUUAGGAAGAGCCACUUGUCUGGUUGGCUACUGUUCAUUUCCUUUUUUGGAUUACAUAGCAGAUGCUCAGCCACCCGUCGUGGCCAAUACUUUUCUACAAACCAAAGAUGUUGCUACACGUUGAUGAUCUUGCCCUUUUAGUUGGUGAAGAAAGGUUGUUGUAGCCAAUUUUUCAGGCAACAUUUUAUCAGUAGCCCAUGUUUUAGGCUUUAUUUUCU